AUGAACGAUGCUAACGAUGUACGAAUGAAUGAACCCUGCCUGCAAUUUUGUAGAUGCUUGUGUGUAGAUGUUUUUUCCACUCUAUGGCAAUCGUAUCUCAUGACGUCAAACAAUCAAAAUGAUUGCGCUAUACGUUGUUUUAAUUUUGCAAUCUACAAAACAACAGCCACCACAGGCACAAGCAGCAAAGCAGUACGGCACAACUCAAUGGAUACAAACAAUCUCUUAUACGUCCCCAAAAGACGCACACGAGCUAUCGAUCUAGGCGCUAAGCUAAGUGAAACCAUCACGGCAAAGUUUUUCCAACCACCGAGCCAUUUCCAAUCUGACCUAGACUACCUCAGCUCGUUGAGAGAUAAAGUCACCACGCUAAGCAAUGACAACAACGGCAACCCGACUUUUUCUCAAUUGAGCUCCGACUUGCAGACUCUACACCAAUACCUAGUCUCGCUUUACUCCAUAGAUAAGAGGUUCCCGCCCGAUUGCGUGGAGUUCACGUGGUUCCCCACCAUAUACAAUAGCAAUGCGCAGCUGUCUUCGACGAUUGCGCUGUUCCAGUACGAAGAGUGUAACUUGAUCUACCAGGUUGGAUCGCUAUAUUCCCUCUUGGGAUGGCUGCAAUCGCGGCAUACAGAUGAAGGAAUCAAAAAAUCGUGUCUGUAUUUCCAAUAUGCCGCGGGGAGCUUUGAGCAACUACGCAACAAGGUCGAGGAGCAAGUGAUGCAAGUGCCCGUGGAUAAACGGACUUGGGAGCCGCCUCUUGAUUUCCAAAAUGACACCGUGGGGUGCUUGACUCAGGUGAUGUUGGCCCAGGCGCAGGAGGCCAUUUGGCAAAAGGCAAUCCAUGGCACAACCACCAAGGACUCCAUCAUUGCUAGACUCUCGUUGCAAACGUCGGAAUUCUACAGCGCGGCGUUGGCGUUGGCUCGCAAGUCGAGUUUCAUCAAUUUGGAAUGGAUCAACCAUAUCACAGUUAAGAAAUUCCACUUUCUUGCUGCUGCGUAUUUGAGACAGAGCUUAAUUGCGUUGAAUGCUUCGCAAUAUGGCGAGCAAGUUGCCUUUUUGAGGUUGGCUCUGAACGCCGUUCGCGAAGCCGAGAAGCAUAAGCGAUACGUGAGCUCAUUUGUGCUUGAGGACUUGGCGGGACUUGCCGAGAAUGUAACUACUAAAUUGCGUGUUGCUGAAAAGGACAACGAUUUAAUCUAUUUGCGGAUCGUGCCCAAGGAGAAUGACCUCAAGCCUAUUGUCGGUGCCGUGAUGGUUAAACCCAUGGUUCCUGAACAGCUCGCAAAUGUGGACCAACCACCACCUCAGCCAAGGGCGUUGUUUGCUGAUUUACUUCCUUACAUCAUCAUCCACUACGCACAAGCAAUGCGUGAGAGACAAGAUGACUACUUGCGAGGGCACAUUUGCACACCUAUCCAGAGCUUGAACCGCAUGAAGACGCAUUUUUUGAACGGGCGUAACUUGCCUGCAAGCAUCGACUCCUUGCAGCAGCCCGAGGCCAUCCCCGAUUCCAUAAUGCACCAUUCGCGCGAAAUCAUGGACCAUGGAGGCAUACAUUUCAUCGACAACUUGUUUAUGGAGAUUGACAAGUUGCGCCGCGAGUGCCACCAUCUUGUAGACGAGUGUCUGAAACGGGUCGAGAUGGACCGGCAGGAGGAUGAAAUGUUGCGUGCCAAGAACGGCACUGCGCGCUGGACUCGUGAAAGCACCGAUGUAUCUGCGCGUGAACUAAUUGCAAAGACGAAGCGGAUGCGGCAGUAUUUGACGCAGGCUGAUAAAGGUGACCAGCAAGUUGUUGGCAAGUUUAAAGAGAUUAGACAAUUGGUGGAUGUGUUUUUAGGGGGGUAUGCUUCGUUAAACAAAUACCUCCCCAGUUCCAUCUACACUAAAUUAGACUCGAACCUAUCCUCGGUCAUUACGGAGUUGAGAAACUGUUUGAGCGAAUGGGAUGAGCUUGAGCUGGAGAGAGCCAAGUUUGUACAGAACAUUGAAAUAAAGAGCAAGAGCAACAACAUUCUCCCGAAAUUGAUCCAGACGUAUAAGGAUAACAAGGACUCGCUCUAUGAUUCGCAUGGGGACUUCCAAUCCAACAAAUUUGAGCUUGUUUACGAAUCGCAUUUGAAGCUAUUUGAUCCUGACCUUUCAUAUAUUCAAACCACCAAAAAGACUCAACAGAGGCUAGAGCAGAGAAUCGACGCUGCUAAUAGCAAAUUCGAGCAGCUUUACAGCUCGUCAGUCAAUGCAACACAACAACGCCGACAGCGCGCAUUGCAGGACUUGGAUACGGCAUACGUCAAGUACUUGGAGAUUAUCCUGAACUUGGACGAAGGCACCAAAUUUUACCGCGACUUCAUCCACAAGGCCAACGAUGUCUUACAUGAAUUUGACGAGUUCUUAAGCCGCAGAAGAGUCGAGAGUCGCGAGUUGGAGCUUGCUAUUACUAGCAAGAAUAAUAGCCACCACCAUCUUCUGCAUGCUGCCAACGACGACGCAAGGAAUCUGGUUGUGUCGCCGCGUGGACAGAAAUCAAACGUCUGGAGCCCCGAUUCUGAGAUCAACUUUGGCUGA